AGAUCAGUCAUUUUUUCAAAAACCCCCAGCCCCCCCUCGCCGGAAAAUCGCCCCUUUCAUCUUCUCCCUCGAUUUUCCGGCCAUAACUCCCUCUCCCGACCUCCAAAUCACAAUCCGCGAGCGCCCCCACGCUCCUGGCGUCGAGGAGCACAUUCCCCAACGAUUUGGGCUAGUUUGGCUGAGGUUGGGCCGCCGGCGGCGAGUUUUCCGGCGAGUCUCCGGUGUGUUUUCCAGCGACUUUGGGUGCUUCUCUCCACUUUCUUCCUCUCUCUCGCGGUAUCUUCUUGAGUCUCCAGGUGUGUUCUCCGUGUCUUUUCUUAUCUUUUUGGAGAAUCGAUACCUAGAGUUAGGUGAAGAACUUUUGACUGUGGAAUGCAUGGUUUGGGGAAUAUUUUGGGUUUGGGGGAUGAUUGGGCUGAUUGCUUGGUGAAUGGGCUGCGUGAUAUGUAAUUUUUCUGUGAUGCCUCGAUUGGUGCUAUUUAGGACAGUUGUGGUAUGUUUGUCUCACUGGGGGCCUCGUCCACUAUCCGAAUCGCUCGAUUUGAGGGUCCUCGGUGUAUUCAGCUGGUAUUUCUCGUAUGAUGGGUAUGCUUGUGUCGCCGGGAGUCUAGUCCACUGUCCAUAUCUUCCGAUAUGAGGACUCCCGGUGUGGUUUUGGUCUAACAUUGACCCCGUUUGCUUGUGUACCCUUUGUCCUUCAUUGUGUUUUGCAGGAUCAUGGAGGAUUAUCUCGACCAGCUGAACAUUAUCCAGCGCCAUAAGCUGCGGAACCUCCGCACCUGCAGCAUCCCCGAGCACCACCACCUCGAUUGGGAGGUGUUCGAGGAGCUUCAUGCCAGGCCACAGAUGGAGGCUGCGGUCCGCUCCCCUGCUUGGCGGCGUCUUCUCACCCUCACCGAGCCGACCUACAAGGAACUGGUCUUGGAGUUCUACGCCACCUUCACCCACAAUCAGAGGGGGAACUCCGAUCACUCUAAUGUAGUCCAGUUCACACUCGGCGGGGUGGAGCACUCCCUCAGCUACUGGGAGUUCGCCAAUGCACUUCGCCUCAACUCCCGGGAAGCUGGUGGGCCGCCUCUCCGCCUAGAUCUCGCUGAUCCCACGGACUUCGCUUCUUAGGCGUACUUUCAGACCAUCUGUCUGCCCGACAGUGUGGAUGAACAGUACGUGGCCAGCCAGACGCGGGCUUCUCUCCUCCGUCCAGAGUGGCGGAUCCUCAACCACCUGAUGUGCACUUCCUACACACCUAGCGCAGGCUCGGCCAACCGGGUCACGCUCCGCACACUCUGGUUGAUGCAUGCGAUGGGUCGUUCUGAGGACACCAUCCAGCUGGGCUCUGUACUGGCGAGGACAUUCACUAAACCAGCUGAUAGACCGUCAUUUACACAUGUUUUUACCCCCGUUCUUACACCGUUUGAGGUGUUGAUUCUCGUGUUUUAGGCCGAUUUCACGCUAGGUUGUGCUUGUUUGUGAUAUUUCAGGUCCUAGUACGUGAAUGAAGGCUUAGGAGCGAGUCUGGGGUCGAUUGGACGAAGAACGGACGAAUGGCGAGGUUUUCAGGGAGCUGCACGGGCAGACCAGGGAGGCUGCACGGCCGUGCACGGUUGCAAGCUGGCCGUGCGCCUCAUGCCGAGGAGCUGCACGGGCAGGCCCUGAGGAUUGCACGGCCGUGCACCUGGCCGUGCAAGAAGCCUGAGUUCAAUUAAGGGAUACGCUGCGUUUCAUGGUGCACGGCCAGAAUGGUGAGGUGCACGGCCGUGCACCCUGGCCGUGCAACUCGGGAAAACCCGGUUUUAAAGCCUAAUCCGAGCCAGAAGUGAGAGAAGAGUGUUUUCAGAGCAAAAACAGAGCCCUAGAGAGAGAAAGUACGAAGAACACAUCCUAGAAGCUGUCUUAGAGCUGGAUUUCAUCGAAUCGAGCCUGGAGAUCGUCAUAGGAGUGAAAAUCAUCGUCCCGGAGCAGAUUAUCCUCAUCGUUAUGAGUAUGACUAAUCCGAUUCUUGUUUUCUCUUCUCUCUCUAUGGAGUAGAACCCUUCUCUCACUUGGGGAUGAAGAACCCUAGUUCUAUGUGUUAGGGAUUGAUUGUAAUGACUUGGGAUGAUAUUACUGUUUGGUUUUAAUCGAUUGAGACAUGCUUGAUUGAGUCAAUUGAAUCUUGAUCAAAUUCUCUUGAUUUCUGCUUUAACCUAUGAUAGAUAGAAUCUGAUUAGGUUAAGAGAGCUUCCUUGAUUGAUAGUGGUGAAUUGGUUGUGCGAGAGUCAAUCAAUUUACUGCUUUGUACUGGAAUCUAAUUCCAGUAGUGAAUUUCUGUUCUUACUGCUUCAGCUUUCUAUCCCGGUGAAGACUAGUCGUCUGCCGGGUAGUUAGACUGAGAGGGCUUGGUCAGCUUAAGAGAUUCCAAGCUACUGCCGGAUCUUCCGCAGUCUAAUCAACAGUAAAUCAACCCAGGGUAAAUUGCAAUUGAAACCUAACUAAAGAGCUAGGGGGAUUCAUUCCCGAGUGACUCUUUCCUGCUUAAGAAAACCGAUUAAUUUCC